AUGAUGGAAACAGAAAAUGCAUUGGACGAGGAUGUUAAUUCUGGCGCUUCGCUUGCCGCCAGGGUGAUGAACACGCUCUUGAAACCCUUCCGCCUUUUAGUUUCGAAGAAUGCACUGAGGGCUUACCUGGGCACCUUUCUGUUUCUUACCACUGCCAUAUUCAUGGUAUUUGUGUCGGUUAUAGCAUAUGGAAUAUUCUACUACAAGUUCAUUCCGCAGGUUGGGGUAGAGCGCAUCGUACACUUGCAGUUCGGUGAUGGACACCCUUGGGGAGUCGCGACCUUAGAUUCAAGCCUAGUCUCCCUUCAAACGUAUAAUGUGUAUGUGGAGCUCGAAUUACCACGAACCCCCUCGAACCUGGCUGCCGGGAAUUUCAUGCUUGACUUGACCCUCCUAUCCCAACCUUCCACGUCCGCUCGAACUGGCGAGAAUACCUCCGCUCACUCUAUCUCUCGAUCUCGUCGCUCUGCUAUGUUGAGCUAUGCCUCACCGUUGGUAGACAUUUCGAGCAAGAUUUCAUUAAUGCCACUAUACAUCCUAGGGUGGCAGCGAGAAGCAGAGAGGCUAGUGGUGCAGAUGAUGGAGCAGGUUGAAUUUUCACGCGGAGCGCAAAAUCUACCAAAUAGCCUUCGUUUGGAACUUCAUAGCCGCAAGGAAAUGCAAGUAUACCAAGCAAAGGUGGCGUUCAGGACGAAAUUCACUGGUUUACGGUGGAUUAUGUACAACUGGAGGAUUACAUCAUUCUUCAUCUUCAGUUUCACCUUCUGGUCCGUGUCCAUGAUAUCGGCGUCUCUCGCCUUUCUCUUCCUGGCCGUAUCAUUCAGCGGCCGCCAGGAGGAGCCUGCAGAAAUCAAGGUAGAAGAUCGCAAUUCUACUCCUAUCAAGAAGGAGCCCUUCGAUGGGCCAACCCCCCAUCCGGAGCGUUCGUCAACAGAAUCUGACUCGGACUCGUCCGACGAUCAGCGUCCGGGACCACCGAUCAAAAAGGAGCCAGAUGAUGCAGCAGAUGACGAACUCAGGCAUCUGCUAGACCAUGACAUAGAACCGUCCGCGGGGGCUGGGGCAGGAACUGGCACGGAGAGUGCCGGAGCUUUGGGUAUUCAGCGACGGCGGAGCCAUCUGUUCAAGGAAGAGCACUCUUAG